AUGCGCUCGAUCGCCCGCAUCACCGACGUCUUCCGCGCAGGCCCCUCGCGCGGGUUCGCCACCAGCGCCCCGGCGUCGUCGACUCCCUACCCGUUCUCGUCGCGCGCCGUCUUCCCCGCCUCGACCGCGCCGACGCCCAUCCCGGCCAACCUCCUGUCGCCCAAGAACGGCUUCAGCGUCGUCGAGCAGCAGAACGCGGCGCUGCGCGAACAGAUGGACCCGGCGGGACUCCUCAAGACCCUCUUCUCGCGCAGGAGCAAGCAGCGCCUGAGGACGGGCUCGGUCGUCUCGGUCCUCUCGUACACCAACACGGCCAAGACGGGCGUGUCCCCCUUUUCCGGCGUGCUCAUGCGCGUCCGCCGGCGCGGCGUCGACACGGCCUUCACCCUGCGCAACAUUGUGCAAAAGACGGGCGUGGAGAUGAACUUCAAGGUCCUCUCGCCCAUGAUCAAGGAGAUCAAGGUCGUGCGCCGCGCAGAGGGCCGCCAGGGCGGUAUCCGCGACCUCCGCCGCGCGCGCACAAACUACCUCCGUGACCGUCCGCAGGUCAUGGCCCAGAUUGCCGGCGCGCUCAAGCAGGCCCAGCAGGCCCGCAAGGCAUAA